CCCAAUUUUUUUUUCCCAAAAACCAAACUUUUAACAAUCAACUUUCUCACGAUUCACUUACAUAACCUUUGCAGCUCAAUACCCAGUUUUCUCUGACUUAUAAGAAACGAUAGCAAAAAUGGACGAUGAGCCGGUUAAUUUGAAGGAAUAUCAAGAAUUAGCAAGGCAGGCCCUUCCAAAAAUGUAUUAUGACUACUUUGCCGGUGGUUCCGAGGAUCAGCACACGCUCAGAGAGAAUAUUGAAGCAUUUCAACGAAUUACUCUUCGGCCAAGAGUACUAGUGGAUGUAAGCAAAAUCGAUAUGUCAACUACCAUAUUGGGUUAUAAAACUUCUGCACCAAUUAUGCUUGCUCCAACUGCUAUGCAUAAAUUGGCACAUCCAGGAGGAGAGGUCUUGACAGCCAAAGCAGCAGCAGCGUGUAAUGUCAUAAUGGGGUUAUCUUUCAUGUCUACAUGUACAAUUGAGGAGGUUGCUUCCAGUUGUGAUGCUGUUCGUUUCUUUCAGUUAUAUGUCUACAAGCAACGCGAUAUCUCCUCUCUGAUGGUGAAAAGAGCUGAAAGAAGUGGAUUCAAAGCUAUUCUUCUUACUGCUGAUACUCCUAAACUUGGUCGUAGAGAAGCUGACAUAAAGAACAAAAUGAUUGCACCCCAGCUGAAGAAUUUCGAAGGCCUUUUCAAAACGGAAGUUGAUGAUAGCGGGGGUUCAAAUCUUGAAGCUUUUGCGGCUAGGAGCUUUGAUCCCUCUUUUUCUUGGAAGGACAUUGCGUGGUUAAAGUCCAUUACGAAGUUGCCAAUUUUGAUAAAGGGCGUACUCACUCGUGAGGAUGCAAUUAAAGCUUUGGAGGUAGGAGUUGAAGGAAUCAUAGUUUCUAAUCAUGGAGCUCGUCAGCUAGAUUACGUUCCAGCCACAAUUGCUGCUCUUGAAGAGGUGGUACUUGCUGUCAGAGGACGAAUACCCGUUCUCUUCGAUGGAGGAAUAAGGCGAGGAACAGAUGUAUUCAAGGCUUUAGCUCUCGGCGCACAAGCUGUUCUGAUAGGACGUCCGGUUGUGUAUGGCUUGGCAGCAAAGGGAGAGUAUGGAGUUAGAAGAGUGAUUGAGAUGCUGAAGGAUGAACUCGAGCUCACAAUGGCUCUUUCUGGCUGCCCAACUCUCAAAGAUAUUACCAGGAAUCAUGUCAAGACUCAAAACGAUAGUCACCAUUGUAGACUGUAGUUUCGGAUAACAUUGUCAAGAGGCAUUUGACAAUAUUAAGCUAUAUAAAUAAAGCUAAAUCAUUGACAUGGGUCCAGAAUUCUUAUGCUGGUCUUAGAUCUCUCAUAUGUAAACAUUAGACCUCUAUCCGCGCAACUCUUUCAUGGUAAAAAAUAAGAUUAUGAUUCCAGGUUCUAGUAUUA